UAUCGGACACAAAAUACCGUCGGACCGGAAAGCUUGAACGUCCCCCGACACUCGAGUCUCCGCGGAAAGUAGUUUGGUAAAGUGGGCGCAUUUAGAGUUUGGACUCGAAGGGAAAUAGAAAUGAAUACAGGUGUCCAACUUCCGUUGUCUGCUUUGCGCCUACUGGUGUCCCCAGUUAAACUCGUCUCUGCGGCAAUCUGGCAGAUCAUCGAUCAACGAGUUGUGACUGAUUAUGAGAUGGUGGAGGAUUUUGUUUGCAUGGUUACAGACGUCGUGCCAGAGGUGAUCACCGACUGUCAGCGGACCCAACUCAUCCUGGGCCUCAGAGCGCAAAUGAUCCUAGAGUUAUGUCAUUUGGAAGGCAAGACUCAUUUCAAUGAUGUAGAGCAGCACCUGGAUCGAAUGAAGGUAUAUAACAUGAGCAGCGUCGAAAAGAGCUUUGCUGAAAAUGACAACCCAUGCUCAAGUUUUGUGGAUUUUGUGAAACACUUGCUGAAUGAUCCUGCUGAGAGGGAACACUUUUUUACAGAGGUUUUUCCCCAGGAGUUUGGCCCAUCAUAUGACAAGGCUCUUAAGUCCCUGGUGGAGCUCUUUCUGUGCAGACUUGAGAAAUUUCUUUCUGAGCAAACUUUCCAACAGGUUGCUUCCACCUGUCGUGAGGUGUCCUCUGUUCUGGGUGACUCUUUGCAAACAAUGCGUAGCUGUGAUGCGCUCACAAAUCUGCUUCAGUAUCACAAGGGCCACAGCCUACUUGAACCCAAUGAUAUUUUCUCGGACAGCACCUACAUCAUGUCUGCUCUCAAGUGUGCUGCAGUAACAGGUAAUUCCUCGCAGGAGACCCCUUCGUCUUCUCCAUGCAAAAAAGCAACCACAGGGAAUAGAACGGAAGAGGAUAUGCAGGUUAACACAUGUGUUUCCAGUCCAAUGGAAGCAUCUCCCGAUUGCUCUGACAGUAAGGACGUUGGAAGUGAAGAAUCUUCCUGGUCUUUCUAUUCAAAUGAGAACUCUCUGAGUAGUCCGAGUUCAUGGUUCGACAACUCGGGUGAGGAUGCCUUGGAUGUGACUUCUGUCGAUUCAUCUUCACAUUUGUUAAAUGAGGUCACUCCCGUGACAAAUAAGGAAAAAGCAUCAAGAAAACAUCGGGCCAGCAAAAAGAGCGUCCCUCCAAAAAAGUCUCGUCAAGUCAAAAGUCCCAAGUCAAAGUCCCAAGUCAAGUGCUUCAUCUGCAAUGAGCGAGUGAGCUCCAAACUGAGAAGUCACGUGAGAAGCCACUUUCCGGACGGACAGUAUACCUGCCCACAUUGCAACAGCAAAUUCAAGCUUCUCUCAUCCCUGAAGACGCAUAUAGUCAAACGAUGCUACGAUCACGCUCAGCAGCGAGAAGAUCCCGAGCCUGGCCAGGAGCUUUAUAAAUGCGACCACUGCGAGAAGGCCUUUGAGUUCAGCCUCUCGCUGGAAGCCCAUAAGCAGACUCAUAACCAACUCUACUGCAGUGUGUGCAGGAAAGUCCUAAAAGAUGCAGCGACAUUAGAAAGGCACAAGGCCUCCCACACUGAGUUUCAGUGUACUCGCUGUGAGAAGACCUUCAUUCUUUUUAAGCCGUUGCGCAAACAUUAUCAACAUUUCCACAAGGUUGGCAGACCCUUUAAGUGCAUCCACUGCUCACAAACCUUCUCGAGGCUGGAGUAUAUGAUCCGACACGAAUGGAGGCACGCUGGUCAUCUGCCGCUAAAGUGCAGUAUUUGCGCCAUGGGAUUUCGAAACGAUUGCGAUUUGGUUUCGCACCAGAGGGUUCACACGAAGGAGAAACCCUACCUCUGUGGAGACUGCGGGAAAACCUUUUCGCAGAGGACCAACCUGCUACGGCACCACCGUUUUGUCCACAGUGAGGAGAAAGACAAGAAGAAACACUUCUGUGCCGAGUGUCAGACAUAUUUUAAAGAGAAAGGAGCUCUCCUACAGCACAACAAGCGCAAACACAUCGACCAAUGCACCCGCCGUUGUCUUUGUCCGUACUGCGGGAAGUCCAUUUCUGUCUCAUCCAUCGCCAGACAUAAGUUGCUCCAUACAGGAGAGAGACCUUUGAAAUGCAACGCAAAUGGUUGUAACAAGACUUUCCUGACGGCUACUGAACAGAAGAAACACUUCCUCAUGCACCACUCCACCGACCGACCAUUCAAAUGUGAUACUUGCGGCAAGGGCUUUAUCACAAUUGGUCUACGGAAUGCACACGCUCGGCUACAUUCGGGCCAAAAGCCGUUUGUGUGCGACAUCUGCAUUAAGGCUUUCUCAAGGCGCCACACACUGAAUAGACACAAGAAGCUUGUGCAUGCAUUUCCAAUUUAGGACUCGGUCCUAAGGCUGGUUCUUCUUGAUUCAAAUUUAAACAUAGCUCAAUGUCCAUUUGUAGCUACGGUCAAAAUUUCUUCUGUUCUGAGUCAUGACCGUAAUAAAUAACGAACCUGUGUACUGUAGUUUAGUUUUGAAGCUAUUAGCUAUUGUGAGACACAAAUGCAGUUAAAAAAAAAA